UGCUUCUCUAAAUACCAACAUAAUUCAUUUCUACAACAAGGUGCUGACUGACUUUUGCGAGAAUGCUCCCCCCCUUAUCCUAACCCCUGUCUCCUUAGCGGCCCGACGCGAAACCCCAGAUUCGAAAAUAUAAAUCCACGUCUCCAUUGUCCAGCACAUCUCUCCCCAUCAACGACAAAUGCCAACAACCUUCCUCUCCCUCCCACGAGAACUUCGUGAUCAAAUCUACGAAUACAUCCUCAUCUCCCCCUCCCUGCACAUCGAGCCGGCCCUCCUCCGUCACCCAACCCAUCAAAAACGCAUCCCGCACUACUCCCCCUCCCGCCUCGAACCCCAACCGCGCUUCGCCCUCUGCACCAACCCCCUCGACACGCUCCCCCUCGACCCCGUAACCCAACAACCCGUCUCCGCAUACCGGCACCACACCUCCCUCUCCAUCCGCCGAGUAUGCCGACAGAUAACCCUCGAGACGGCCCAGAUCUUCUGGUGCCGGAACACCUUCUACUUCUCCACCUUCUACCUCAGUGCCGUCGCGGUUGAUACAACGGAUCACGAUCCGGAUGUCGGGGUUAUCGUCGCUGUAUACGACGCUGGGGAAGUGUUUGUUGUCGUUAAGUUCGAGGGCUCGACAUGGGUCGUUUCGGAAACUGACGUUGGUGUGGGGAGAGGAGGAGUGGAGGGAACUAGUGAGGGUUAA